AUGGGUGCUGGCAGUAUGUCGAGAGCUCCUGUUUUCCUGACUCUGCAACAGGUCUGCAGGCAAAGCUUCACGCCCGGCAUUAAUAUAAACUCUCUUUACAAACCAGGUGAGGACCCCCUCGUGGAUGAUCGCAACGAGCAUGACAUCAACUCAGUCGCUGGGGUCCUGAAGCUGUACUUCCGUGGCCUGGAAAACCCACUCUUCCCCAAGGAGAGGUUCCUGGAUUUAAUCUGCUCUAUCAAGAUCGAGAGCGCUAUUGAGAGGACUCACCACCUCCAGCAGAUCAUAGUGACCCUCUCACGGACUGUCAUCAUCGUGAUGCGAUAUCUCUUUGCCUUCCUCAACCAUCUGUCCCAGUACAGUGAUGAGAACAUGAUGGACCCCUAUAACCUGGCCAUCUGCUUCGGCCCCACCUUGAUGCCAAUCCCUGACGGCCAAGACCCCGUCUCCUGCCAGGCACACGUCAACGAGGUCAUCAAAAGUAUCAUCGUGAACCACGAGGGGAUAUUCCCAAGUCACAAGGAGCUGGAAGGACCGGUGUACGAGAAGUGUAUGACAGGAGGCGAGGAAUACUGUGACAGUCCUCACAGCGAGCCUGGUGCCAUUGAUGAAGUAGACCAUGACAAUGGCACUGAACCACACACCAGUGACGAUGAAAUGGAGCAGAUCGAAGCUAUCGCUAAGUUUGACUAUGUCGGCCGAUCGCCCCGGGAGUUGUCGUUUAAGAAAGGAGCCUCACUACUGCUGUACCACCGGGCGUCUGAGGAUUGGUGGGAAGGACGGCACAAUGGAUUGGAUGGUCUAAUACCCCACCAAUACAUCGUGGUACAGGACAUGGAUGAUGCCUUCUCGGACAGCCUGAGCCAGAAGGCAGACAGUGAGGCCAGCAGUGGCCCGCUUCUGGAUGACAAGGCCUCUUCGAAGAAUGACCUCCAGUCUCCAUCCGACCACUUGCCAGAGUUUUCCUUCGGUGGAAUCCUGGGCAGGGUUCGGUUGAGGUCCGAUGGCGCUGCGAUUCAGCGACGUCGCAGUGGUGGGGAUGCUCACAGUCCAGUCAGAGGAUCAGGGCCGGCCAUCGACACACCUCCCCGGGCCGCAGCAUGCCCCAGCAGCCCCCACAAGAUCACCGUCAACCGGGGCCGGAUGGAGAGCCCGGAGAAAAGGCGCCUGGCCACCUUUGGGAGUGCCGGCAGCAUCAAUUAUCCCGACCGGAAGAACCUCGGAGACUGUCAACCCGUGAGGCAGACGUCUGCAUCCACUCGCCACAGCAGUCUCGGAGAUCACAAGGCCCUGGAGACAGAAGCACUGGCUGAGGACAUUGAGAAGACCAUGAGCACGGCGCUCAAUGAGCUGCGUGAACUGGAGAGGCAGAACACGGCGAAGCAAGCCCCCGACGUAGUGCUCGACACCCUGGAGCAGAUGAAGAACCCGCAGUCGAGUGCCGUCAACUCUGAGCCCGCCAGCCCGCUCCAUACCAUUGUCAUCCGUGACCCCGACGCCGCCAUGAGGCGCAGCUCCAGCUCAUCCAGCGAGAUGAUGACCACCUUCAAGCCGGCCCUGUCGGCCAGGCUGGCGGGGUCACAGCUCCGGCCCCCGCCGACAAGGCCCGCUAGGCCUGUGAUCCAGCACCGCUCCAGCAGCAGCGGCAGCAGCUCUGGGCUGGGCAGCCCUGCCCUUACCCCCACUGAGAAGGUCUUUCCCAAUGGCGCGUCGGACAAGUCGGGCACCAUGUGACCUGAGCCGGCCUGGCAUCUCUCCCCCUCUCUCACCCGCGACGGAGGAGGCCGCUUGGGCCUACUUGGCUGGGAGGGCCUUGAGCCUAACUUCCAGUCUGGAGCACUACCUGGAUGCAGGAAGGAAGCCUUGCAAGAUUAGAACUGCUUUAUCCCCUUCCUUUUUUUAAGAGAAAUUAUAUAUAUAUAUACUUGAAGUAAAAGUGCAGCAGUUAUUUCUCCUAGUGAAACGAGGGUUGCCCGUAGCAACAAGUCAGCACUGGAAAAUAUAUCCACAUAUAAAUAGAUAUAUAAUAUAAAGAAAAGGACUCCAUUUCAGGGUUACCUCGGACACCGACCCUUUCUUCUGUGAGCUCAGGCAAGCUGCCAUCCAAGCAAUACGAGGAAGACAUGAGGAAAAGAAAAAGGUGCAUGCAUUGUCGCGGCUCGCUGUUUGGCCGUGAUUGAAGAAGCUUGGCCACGUGGGCCAGGAGUUUGGCCUUUAGCUCUGUCAGGAGCCCACUCGUCUGACUGUUGAGGUUCCAGGCUCCUCCUGCACCUGGGAUUGACGUCUAUGUACAUAGAGGAGGACAAAACAAAACCUCAGUCCUGCUGCUGCUUCAGUGAGCGGAGGCAAAGUAUAAAUAUUGUAGCACACUAUUUCAAUUCAAUAAUUAAUAAAUAAUGCAGUUGUUACUCAAUGCAGCAUAACAUAACAAUAAUAUGGAAAUUAGGCAGAGUCUGUGGUUAAAAUAUGUAGUUUAACUUAUCCUACUUCUUUUUGUGAAGCAAUUAAUCAAUGUAGUAUUCCUUUUGUAAGAAACUGUUUUCGAUGUACAAAGUGUUACUAAAACAGGCAGAGGGACUACAUGACAUUUAAUGUGAAAUCCCAUCAUCUCGUUUGACAAAUGCACAUUGUCAUUAUGGUUCUUGGUUUCAUUUGGUUCUGUAUAUGCUGGAGUGGGAGGGUGUGCUAUUUUGGGGAGUGGGGAUUGAUUGUUGCUGUUUGGCUAACCCCAGCUGUUGUGGGUGUCCACUGUCAAAGGUGAAAGGUAACAGGACACCUUCAAUGCCAACCCCAACUUCAGUACUGAAACAACAAAUUACAUUACAAACUCUGUACACAUAAUGCGUAAAGACUACAAGGUGGCAAAUUUUGAUAUGGAUAGGUAGAAAAUGAUCUGUGGCUGGUGACUGAUUUUUCCACAUCACGAAUGUGCGACAAAGGAGCGUCCUUCAAUUUGUGUUUCUCUAUUCAAGCUGGGACGGCGAUACGACUGUGUUCUGAACGUUUGGGGAGUUUGUUCCCAAGAAUAGACUCCUAUUGGGAGUGAUUGUUGGUCCUCCGCUAUCUCAUUCAACUCCCUUCCUGGACAGCGAGUGAAUUGGGAUGGACAGUUAGACUGUGAAGACUGUCGUUUUCCAUUGGCUUUGUGUGUGUGUGUCCGCUCGCGCGCAGUGAGUGGUACUACUAAUGAUACCCUAACCCCCCUCCUGUCACCCAAGAGACACAGGCCAAGGGUACUGCUGAACUUGGGUACCUCAGCACCAUUACUCCAAAUCUGAGAUUUGCUGAACCGCUGCACUGACCAUGUCUGACUUUAGCUGCGCAGGAUGUGUCAGUGAUAUAUUGUAAGUAAUCAAAUUGAAGCCAAGCUUUUUAGAGUUACUUGAAAAGCAUCUUAUUUAAAACAAUUCCACCACCGGAUGUAGACAUCACUGGCUUGGCCAGAAUUUAUUGCCCAUCCCUAAUUGCUUUGGAGAACGUGACAGUGAGCUGCCUUCUUGAGACCACACGUUGUGGAUAGACCCGUAAUGCCAUUAAGGAGGGAAUUUCAGGUUUUGAUCCAGUGACAAGUGAAGGAACAACAGAGGGGGUACUUUCAGAUGGUGGUAUUCUGAUGUAUCUGUUGCUUUUGGUAGAGGGAAGAAGCCUUGGUGAGUUGCUGCUAUACAUUCUAAAGUUGGUGCACACUGCUGUUACUCAGUGUCAAUGGUAGAAGGUUGAUGGAUGGGGUACCAGCUAAGCAGGCAGAUUUGUCCUGGACAACAUUGAACUUCUUGAAUGUGUCAGAUCUACAGUCAAUUGUUGCACCAAGACAAAUGGAAAUCUGGAACUCUCUCCACCCACAAAAGGUAUGGAUAAUGGGAGCAAUGAACAUUCGAACGGAGAUGAAUGGAUUUUUGUUAGCUUGUGUUCCGGAAUCAAGACAAGUUGAAGGAGUCAAAAUACAAAUUGAUGGUGAUGUAGUGGAAUAGAUUGAAUGAGGCUGAAUGGUGACCUCCUGUUCCUAUGUUGUUAGCUGCUACCAGUUGAAGCAUUUCCUGUAGACCGUGGCUGGAACUUCAAUUUUGUAAAAGGCAUCUCAUGCUGCUGGAGAGAACUGGUUUCUCUCAGCUUGAUUUUUCAGAGGGUUUCUUGUGUCAUGGUAGUGUGCCUACCUGUAGGCCUGGUUUGAAUUCCAUCUGCUCUAGAGACGUGCCUUAACACAUCUGAAGUGACUGACUAAAAAUAUUUAAUUCAUUUUAUUUUCAUCUGAGAGCCAACAAUGAGCUGCUUCUCACCACCAUCCACCAUUAGCAUUGAGCAAAUGAGCUUUCCCUGCAUUGCCAGGAGCAUGAUUCUGAAUGAUUGUUGCUUUGUCCCAUAACAAGGUCACAGUACUGAUCCAGUACUUCACUCCCUUCACCCCCAAUGACUAUGGGCAUUUUAACAUUGUAAAAACACCUCACAGUGUUCGCCAAUAACAUAAACAGACAAUAUUUGACACUGCACUGCAGAAAGAGAUACUAGGACAUUUUGACCAAAAACUUGGUCAGAGAGAGAGGUUUUGAGGAAUGCCUUUGAAAAGGAGAGAGAGAUGGCAGACAUAAUCAGGGAGGGAUCUCCCUGAACAUCACAGGGCUCUUCCUCCUGACUCCCUUUCAUUUGUCUAAGAGACUUAAGAGGCAAUGUAUUGCACGAGGGGUUGGCACCCUAGUUGUAAAUAUUCCUGGAGAUUUGAUCCUAUCACCUCCCUGCUGUCAACAGCCUCUCCCUCACACUCCCACCCUGAAACCGUGCCACCUUCCCAUCUCAGUUGAAAAUGAACUUUUUUGUCAUUCAACCAAGAUAUCUGCUCCCUGGAUCUCCUCAGACCUGAAGAUUAAUCCUGGUUCACUAGAAAUGCCAGGACAAUCCCAAUGGAUCAGUAAGCCAUGCCGCGCGUGCGAACAGUUUUGUGCCCUGCCUCCCAGUCUCCUGUGGUGUACUUGUGGGAAUGCCCAUCACACUCCCCUCCCCCUCACCCUCGGACCACACUCUUGUCACGUGACAGGUCAGGGAUCUGAGCCAUUGCCAUUCAUAUUGGAAGUGCCCUCCCUGCUUUUACUUCCUCUGUAGGUUAGCAGGGACAACCUGGAGGCAACUGGCUGAACUUACAGCUUCAACCAGGAGGAGCUACAUUGAAGACUGGUGGGCCUACAAUAGGCUCUGUGGAACCCUGGCUGAUGCUUUUCUGUCCUGCUCUUGUCGGCCCCUGCCUUCAUCUGUCUGAACUUUAAAGUCUGCAAAUCUGAGUUGACGCACAGGGCCAAUGGUGGAAUGAGAUCAAGCAUUGUUAUUACAAGAGGUGCAUGCAGUGCCUGCUGUAUUAGUUUAGAAAGAUAGUAAGUGGGGCUGGUGUGGCCUGUGUGUCUGAAACAUGCACUUUGAUAUACAAAUGUAGAAGAUAACACCUCUUUUUAAGGCCAUAUGGUGCAAAACAUGAGGUUCCACCAGAGUCACCUGACAGUAGCUCAGUAAAAACUGGCAUCAGCGGAUUGUGCUUUGUAUGUAUGACUCUCUUUCCAUUGGACAGCGCAUACAGCUGUUCCGUCUCUUGACGGAGCUCCUGUUAUGGGUCAAACCGUCAGCCUGUACAGAGCACUGAGGUAAUAUUCUCUCAAUUUUGUGGAUCUUUAGGUGAGUUUCUGAAGUUACUUGAGUGCGUUGGACUCUAUCAACGGUAUGGCAGUAUAAAUCUGUUUCUGUAACUUGGUGCUCAGUUGACAAAAACAUCCCCAUCCAAAGUGUGUGUAAGAGAGAGACAUACACAUUUCUAUUAGGGUGGGCCACUGGACCCCAAAAUGGAUAGUGUGACAGAGUGGUCAGCCUGACCUGAACACCCCCACCCCCCCUCCUCCCCACCUGACUGCUAUGUUCGAGCAGGUAGUAAAGAAGCCAACAUUUUCCAUUCUCGAUCAAGCCUGUUUUGAGAUAGAGAAACAUAAAAUUGAUCCUGGAUCCUUGAGCAUAAAUUGUGAGAGGAGGAUGCGUGGAUCAACCAGACAGCCAAAGUACUGCAGAUGCUGGUGAUCUGAGCUAAAAACAGAAACUGUUCCUCUCUCUCCACAGAUGCUGCCAGAGCUGCUGAGGUUUCACAACAAAGUAAAUGUUCCGAGUUGCUGUCCUUUCAUCAGCAGUAGAAAAUAUUAAGAGACGUAACAUUUGUUUAAAUAAGCACAGCCCAUGGAAAAAGCGAGGGGGGGGGGGGUGGGGGGAGAUAAAAGAUAUCAUUCAGCAGCCUAUUUCUAGAGAGGGUGGGAAUGUACAAGGGCAUUUUUAAUACUGAUCAACAGCGCUGGGGGCUCCUUCAAAUUGUGAAAGAUCCCACAAUGUACUCAGACACCAGUUUUCAAACAAACCUGCACAAAUCAUCAAACCUGCUCAGGUCUCUGCUGUUAACAUAGCAGAGCGUCAGUAACCGCUGUCCCAGACAUUGAAUAUUUUUUUUGUCCCCAUCCCCACUGAACUUCCACAGAUGCCGACUCCUGCUGGAGUGUGAUCCAACUGGAAUGGAUUUUUACUGGGAUGGGAUCCCAAGGGGGUUAAUUCCUCCUGGGAUACGGUUCCUUGGUGGUGACUCUUACAUGGUCCAGGAGUUUCAGCUCCUAACCCAGAUGACCAUACAUGAACGCAGACAACGGUGUACCCAACGAGGGGGGGAGGGUGGAGAGUGAUGGCACAGCUUCCCACCUGCUUCAACCACUAACCUGCUCUGUGGCUGCUGGUGACAGACCUAUAAAAACAGUAAUCUUCAAUCCUUUACAUUGCCCUUCUGUCCCCGUAGUGUCAGGCAGUAUCCAAAGAACCUGGACAACUGCACUCAUGAUGAAGUCUUGCAGGUGGGUUAGUAAUGGAGCCUGUGAAUACGUAAUUGCCUGAAUUCAAUUGGCAAUGCGAGCCUUUUUAGGUGGAGACUCAUUGAUGCCGAUUUGUAGCUUCGGUCUGAAUCUGCUCAUUGUUAACAUCACCCAGCAUCAUUUCAACUGACAUCUCGUUUGAAAUCUGUAGUGCAGCAAUUGAUGAAUUGACCGGAAAGAAGAGAAGCUGGCAUUAAUCUCCUCCUUCAAGGGCUGUUUUUAAAUAGGGUUGUUCACUGUUCUGAACCCUUUUCCAUGCAGGUUGGUUGGCAACCACAUUCAGGGCAAUUCGCAAAAGAACCAAGGGAGAGGAGGAGGAAAUCAAUUUUGUUUUAAUGUUGAGAGUUGUUCAAAUCUGGGCUAUACUGCCUGAAGGAUGUGGUGGGUGUAGAUUCAAUAGGAAUUUUGGGAAAUUGGCCUUGUAUUAAAAGUGAAAACAUUCAGAACCAAGUGAAAAGUGUAGAUGAAGGGAUUGGGAUUUUUUGAGGAAUUGGCAUUUUGAAAGAUCUCUAUCUGUGCCAUGAACGUGACUGAAAAUAUACGUACAUAUAAUACAGAACCAAUAUCUGGGGCUAUACUUGGCAUUCAUUGAGGUAGUUAAAGCUGAUCAAAUCUAAUCACCUUGGCAUGAAACCACCGAUGUUCGUUAGAGAAGAUAAGGAGUCUGAUUGGGAAUCAUCAAUGAAUUCGAUGAAACUUGAACUCGAUGCUUCAGAAAGGGGGAAGAUAAAUACUGAGAUUGUUCCAAUAUCAAACAGUUUGAGUAAGGGAAACUAUUUUUUUUUAAACUUAGGGUCAGAUGGCAUAAAUUUGACAUUAGUAGAAUGUAAGGGAGAAUUCAGAUGGAGAGCAGGAAGUAUUUGUUCACUAAGUCAGUUAAUAAACACCUCCAAGACUCUUCCUUGCAGUAUUCUUUCAGAAGAAUUUUUUUUUAAAGUUUGGGUUUAAAACAUAGCUUCUUUUAAGAAAGUGAGGUAGCUGAAGGGAUGGAAAUCUGUGGGAGAGCAAGGAUACUGGGCAGAUUGAGCUGAAACACCUUUUUUUAAAAAAAUCUGGAAUGUUAUAUUCUCACAGGAAACCUUGGACACUGCAGCCAAGGGUUCCUAGAACCACCCAAGAUGAGAUCAACUAAACCACACGGACUUGGCCAGUAUUUGGGGAGAAUCUUUCCAAUCAGAAAGACUCCAUUCCACACUGAUCAUUGUUUUUACCAACCAGAGUUCUGAAGUGAUCACAGGAGAUGUUUUGAGCUCUCCAGGGAAGAAAACCACCUUUAUUUCAAUUAAUUGACAGAAGCAGGGAUCUCUGGCAUGGCUAGAAUUUCUUGCCCAAUGUGAUCUGCUAACAAAGUGGUGGGAGGUCAACCUCUUGAGAUGCAGUUUUGACACAGCUAAGUGUCUUACUGUGCUACCUCAGGCAGUUGACCCAGAUGGGUGUAAGACUGGAAUCACCUAAAGGCCAAACUGAGGAAAAACAACAGGUUUCCUUCUCUAAUGGACAUCAGUGACCCAAUUGGAUUUUUGGACUAAUUCAUGAUCCAUUUAAUGGAAACUGCCUCUUUUUUUCAGAAAAGAAUUAAUUCAGGUUCUUGAAACUGCCUCAGUGGAAAUUGAGCUCACUUAUACCUGGAUUGUUGAUCUAGGCUAUUUGGUAGAUCCUUCUACAAUAGCACUACAAUGUCCAUUAGCCAUGUCAUUGCCAUUCUCAUAUGUAUGGGGGGAGGUGGGAAACUACCAAAGGAUGAUGUUCCACAAAACAAGCAUUCUUUCUCACAGGCAAGCUGCCUUGGAGUUUUCUCUUGCCUGUUGUAGUCUCGUACAUAGUGUUCAUAGCAGUCGAAAAUAUGCUGUAAAUUAUAUCUAACAAACAAUUGACUGUUUUCAAACUGAGAGGAGAUAGAAUUAGUCGAUUCCGCUCACCAAGAUUUUGCACUUAGUAGCUAAGUAGCUUGUUGUUAAUCACAAUGCAAAUGUCUAACUUGUAAACGGUAAAUGAUGUAGUGACUGUAUGGAGUGAUGUCCCUCUACAUACAUGGAGGUUAACAGUAAUCUCACCUCUGUGUUAAUUAAACUAUGUUGGUUUCUAAUUUAUUUUUUUAAAAUAUCCUUUGGACAUGGACAUGUUAUCCUUUUGGAAAUGUAAAUGGAUGAUUUUUUUUUCUCUCUCUCUCUAAGAAGAUUGUUCAUAUUCUGUGUUAUAUAAAAAGAGUUGUUGUCGGUCUUUGUUUUGUAUUACGUGUGAAACAGACUUGCUUUUUUUUUAAUUGCUUGUCUACAUUUCUCCACCUUCCCAAUGCUCAACCCUGUUCUGUCCAAGUCUCACUGUAUUACGACUAGAGUCAAAGUCUGAGGGGGAUAAAAACCUUGGGCCUUUUUUCUCCCGUGUAUCCGGAAUUCAUUUUUGUGUUUCGUCGAAUGCUAGAGCUGGCACACGAGCAGAGAGCAGGUUGCUUUUCUCAAUUUGCAGGUCAUCGCAUCCCUUAGGCCUUCACAGUAAACUCACCAUUGAAAGAUGAGGCUUUAGAAUAAUCUGAACACCUUGUACCUGGGAAGAUGAUAGGUCUUGGCAUGAACAGCAGAAACAAUUUAAUGUUUGUGUUUAUUUCUGCCACAGCCUCAUCCUACAGCUUUGCCCUCUCCAUUCCCCACAAAUAACUCUUUCCAGGUCAUUAAGAUUAUGAUCUUAACAAACUGACCAAUCCAAUACUGGACUGAGCCAAACAGCCCAACUAUCACCAACAGGUUAGGUGGAAUGGCAAUUCUAAGUUGUCUAUAGUAUCAAGGGAUGUACAGGCUAAAUGGUAGAUCAGCCAGGGGAAAUGCGGGAUUAUAGGAUCUGGGCUGGGGAAAUGGGUCUGGUGGGAUGCUUUUCAGAGGGGUGGUGUGGAAUUGAUGAGCUGAAUGGCCUGCUUUCACCCUUGCAUCCGAUGGUUACACAGUAUUCAUUCUCCAGUAUCUGUGACAACAGGCAACAGCUGUUUCCAACAGCUCUUUGAACAUAGCCAUUUCCACUCUGAAUUUUUCCCACUUCAACCUAUGCUCCACAGGAGCUGCAUGGAUGGGCAAUGAUUACAAAGACACAUACCUCAAUACAACAGUCCUUUAUUUUCUUUCAUGCAGCAUCAAUCAAUGUUGGAGAGGCGAGGCUGCAAACAGUUUAGUCUUGAGUUUCAAUUCCACAAGACAGAGGACUGUGAGUCUGUGUGUGUGUGAGAGAGAGAGAGAGAGACUCUGAACUUGAUUGAGGGGUUUGGGGGGGGGGGGGGGGGUAUUGUCACCCCUGAAGAUGGUAGGACUGGUCUUUAGGCCAUUGUGUGUAACCACAAGAUCAUGUGAUGCUUUAUGAUACACACACAUCUUUACGUGGAACAUCUUUUUUGCAGAAAUUUUCUGACUCUUUAAUAUUCUCUUUAAAUAUUUAGGCUGUUUCACUCCAUCUGCAACACUCCGGUCUGUACUAGAGGUAGCAGUGACAAGCCUUUGAUUGGUAUUUACUGUAAGGAACAUUCUACCUUGUAUCCAAUCUGUAAUAUAUUGAUCUGGGAGUGCUCGAUGCUGCUAUCACAGAAGAAGUGUUCCAUUCCAGUCUACUCUCUGUCAAACCUAUGUCAUGAAGAUGAAAUCUGCUUUCCUGCUCAUGUUUGCAUGUCCUUCUGCUCUGUCAUUUAUGAUCAUUGUUCAUUCCUAGUCAAGCAUGUCUAAGGCAAGCAAAGAGUAGGGUUUCUUUGUGAGUCAAUGGAAAUAUGUAGGGCAGCGAGCAGCUAGACUGUCAGUAUACAUUGCUGCUGGGAGGCUGCCUGAAGAACAGAUCAAAUUGAUGGUACCUACUUGUUGCUGGAACCAAGUUUUGCCCUUCUCGUUCUCCUUGAUGAAAGAACCAGGAAGCAGAUGAGAGUGUGUACUCAGCUGGAAUGUACUACCUGAAACACCACUGGAAACAGAUUCAGCUGUGACUUUCAAAUAGGUGAUACACUUGAAAAAGAAGCAAUAGCAAGGCUCUGACGAAGAGGAAUAGGUAAGGAAUCAUUUAACAGCUUUCUCAAAGAAAAGGCCUAUACAAAUGGGCCAAAUGGCCUCCAAUGCUGGGUCUUUAUGGGUUUUGCAAUGCUGUGCACAAGCACAGAAUGGUUUCAACACAGAAAGAGUCCAUUCAGCCCCACUGUCUCUGUACUGGCUCCUCAUGUAACAGCCAUUCUUCUAGCACAUUCUCCCUCUUUGGACAACAUUCCCUUUUAAAAACCUCAAUUGCAUCUGAAUCCAACUAGUUUUUGGGCAGAGUAUUCCAGACCUGAACCACUCGAUGGGUGAGAAAAAGCCCCUUGUAUUUAUUAUUCCUUCACAAGAGGUGGGCCGGCACUGAUUAACCACCCCAUUUCACUUUUACGUAUUUUUUCACCAAUUACAUUAAAUCUAUGCACGCUCAUUUCCAAUCCUUCGGAAGUGGGAACAGUUUCUCUUCCUCCUGUCCUGUAUAGACCCUCAUGAUUUGAACACCUCAGUCCAAUCUCCUUUUCACUUGUUCAAGCAGAAUGGUGCUAACUGCUCCGACCACUCUUCAUAACUGAAGGUUCCUCAUUUUUCUGAAUCUUUUCUGCAUUCCAAUACCUUUAUGUCCUUAAAGUGUGGCACCCGGAAUUGGGUGAAAUACUACAGACGAGGCUAAACUAAUGUCUUCUACAAGUUGAACAUUUACAUCCUAUCUUGUCCCCCUAAGCCCCUAUUCAAGAACAGCUUCUUCCCACCUGUUAUUAGACUUCUGAAUGGACCUCUCAAAUUUAAUGUUGAUCUCGUUCUUUGUACACCAUCUCUGCAGCCGUAAUAUUGUGUUUCUUGCUCUGUUGCACCCGCAUGCACUUUGCAUGAUAUACUGCAUGCAAAACAGAACUUUUCACUGUACCUAGGUACAUGUGACGAUAAUUAAUCAAAUCUAUUAAUAAGGCUUUGGAUGUCCUAUACUUUUAUUCGCUGCUCUCUCAAACUGACUGCUUCUGUGGUUUAAAUACAUCUAUGCCGAGGAAUGUUUAUAACUAUAAGCACGGUUGUUGAAUUGAUAUAUUCACAAACCAGUAAUGCUCAAUCGACCUCAGUAGCUACUGAAGAGGGCAAGGCACUUACAUCAUCCGUCCUAUACUUCUGUGAGUUCCUUUUCACAUUUAGUGAACUUAUUGAAGCUGCACAUGGAAGGAGAAAAGGAGAAGUGAUCUGGCAAACAACAUCCAACACCCCUCUCAUUAUUCUGUUUCUUGUGUUUGGCCCUUAGCAAGGUCUUGGUUCAAAAAAAAAAGCAGCAAGGAGCAUUUGAAUGAAACUGGAUUGAAGGAAUCAUCUGUCACAAGGGCUUGCAUCCAACACACAGCACAAGUGGUUAUGGAUCACAGCAAUUUUCCCAGUGCCUACAAUCCUACAGUCCUGAAUGGUCCAUGAGCGAAUUCCAGUUAUUUGGAAUCAGUGAGGAGUAAAACCAAGAUGCAUUCUCAAUUCCCAACUGGGCAAAGAAAUCACAACCACUUCCCCAGAGCUGAGCUGUUCUCCCUCCCUCAUUAUGUCACUAGUUACCAUACCAAUGACUAAUGUGCAAGCCUUAAAGGUUCCUCUGCUGUUUCCUGCAACCACUUGCAGUGUGGGCUUGGCCACUGAGCACUAGACUCCCAGUAGGCAAUGCAGACCUAAAAUGGGACUAAAUUCCAAUUCUUUCUCUAUUUGUCCUUUCCAUAAGGGAGAUCCAAGGCUCUAAUUUGAAUGUUGACUCAAAAAAGCUUGAAUCCUGUUUUAUACUUUCAGUCAAUCUUGUCAUUUCCUUCCUAAGAGAGCCCAGCAUUGAGCAUGGACAUUGUCAUUAUUUUUAAUCGUCUUGCUGAGGAACAUACCUGAGGAAGGUGGGACUUGAAUGUGGAUUUUCUAGCCAUUACCACUGUGCCAAAACACCCUGCAUAGAUGUCAUGGUCUGAUACUUUAUCAGUUCAGCAAUGAAUUGGGAGUUUAGUGAAAUGAGUCUCCUGGGGUCAAUGAUGGACCAGUUUCCAUUACAAACUCUAGAAAGCAGGAACUUGGAUUCAAGUUCCCCUUUUACCCCUCUGCAGCCUUUCUUCUCUCUCUCUCUCUCGCGCGCUCUCUCUCUCUCAACAUUAACUAAUGCAGUUUGCAAAGUCAGGCAUUUGUGAGAUUUCCAUUAAUACUCUGGGUCUUCAGCACAUAAUAUAGGCGGAUGUUACCGUGCAACACCAGGGGAGUGCUAUCUUUUAGUUGAGGCACUAAAUGUUGGUCUUAACGUAUCUCACAUGAGAGUGUAAAAUAAUAACCCAUGGCACGAGUUGAAGAAGACCAUGUUCGUUGUCAGUUACUCAACCAGCACCACUGAAUACACCAAAAACAUGCCCUUGGUUUUCUAGCCGUUAUCACCAAACCAGCUUCUAUUUGACCAACUCUUCCUGGGAAAUCAGACUGGUGAGGUAAUCAUAUAUGGUCAUGUUAUCAUGCCAUUUGGGAAAAGGAUCUUUCUCAUCAGCUUUCUGAUGUUUCAAAGUGCCCAGAUCACCAGGUGAAGUGGCCCGCUGAAUUCCCAAAAUACAACAAUUCUUUCAUUUAUGUAGCACCUUUAUCAUGUUUUGUCCAAAGGUGAUAUUAAAAAUACCAUGACUGUUGUGAAUGACAUAAAUGCGACAACUGUUCUGGGUGGGGUGGGGGGGGGUAGUUGCGCCCCACAAAUAUCACAAAUUGUUAUUUUUAAUGAUAUCCAUUCCUGUCACAACACUCUGCCCAUCGUUCCCAUCAGUUUUUCCUUCCCUUGCACUUCUGUUAAGAUGAAGACAGAACAUACAUUUCUUAACGCCUUCCGUGACCUCCGGUGGUCAGGAAGCACUUCACACUCAAUUAAAUACUUUUGAAGUGUAGUCCCCUAUUGGGACAUAGGAAAAUGCGACAGCCAAUUUGUGCACAGCAAAGUCCUCCAAACACCAAUUAAGUAUGUAAACAUAUAACUGUUUUAGUGAUGUCAAUUGAGUGUAGGCUAGGAUGCAAGGUAGAACUCCUGUGUUCUUCUGCAAAACGUGCUGUUUAUUCUUUCAGAUUCAACUUAGAGAGCCUUGAUUUUGUAUCUCAUCUGAAAGCACUCCAUCAGUACUGAAAUGAAGCCCUAAUUCAAAGGCAAGCUGUGUUAUUUGCAAAUGUCCAUGGGUGAUAUCAGAGCAGAUGGUUCCCACUAUCUCCACAAACCUGAGAGAACCCAGAAACCAAAGUACUGCAUCCUCUAAAAGGCAGUAUGUAAUCUUUCACCCAGACCGAAAGGUCCCAGGUUACCCACGGCCAUCCACAGCAAGUCUGUCUCACAGUAGUUUAUUGAAGAUGUGAAUUAUUCCCACAGCCAUGUGUGUGGUUGGGAUUGAAGGUCCCCUUCUAUAUAAUGGCACUGCACUUUUGCAACCUGAAUUGUAUAUUUUGUAAAAUAAGACAUGUAUAGGACAACAAGAGAAUUAACAGAUCCCCAAGGUGGUAUAUGGCGUUACCCUUCCUGAUUGGAUAGCCCUAUAGCACCGAGCUCUGUGAUUGGUUGGUUCUCACUGUUACCAGGCAGCUGCAGGGCUUGUGAUAGGCUGUCCUUUUUAGUGAUGUUUGAUGCUGAUCUUCUGACUGGAUUGUUAUUUGUACUGUCUGAUGAUGUCAUUGAUGGUAGAGCAUCUGAUUGGAUCUUCUGUGAUGUAACUUGAUGUCAUCUGCACCAAUCCGUUGAUCAGAGAGGACAUUAAUUCUCACUAAUCAAAUAAAAUGGCUUCCCUUUCCAUUGGA